CCACCCAUGGUUCUCUCGCUCGUUCUGAGCACUGCUUGCUGGUUGGCGCGGGCAGAGAAACUGGCGUUUGCUCAUAUUACCGACACACUGAGUGUAGAUCGUCAAGACUGACUUCUUGCUUGGAUUAACAAAUUCAUCAUCUUAGACCAUUUAAAAUAAAAAAAAUGGACAUGAAAAAGAGAAUCCAUUUGGAACUGCGGAACAGAACGCCGUCUGAUGUGCGAGAGCUUGUUCUGGACAACUGCAGGUCAAAUGAGGGUAAAAUUGAAGGCCUGACGGCAGAGUUUGAGAACCUGGAGUUCCUCAGCUUGAUAAAUGUUGGCCUGAUAUCUGUCGCAAACCUUCUUCGCCUUCCUAAACUGAAAAAGCUCGAGCUAAGCGACAACAGGAUUUCUGGAGGGUUAGAUGUCUUGGCAGAGAAGCUUCCAAAUCUCACACACCUAAACCUCAGUGGAAACAAACUGAAAGACAUCAGUACAUUGGAGCCUCUGCAAAAGCUGGAAAGCUUGAAGAGCCUAGAUCUUUUUAACUGUGAGGUGACGAACCUAAAUGACUACAGAGAAAGUGUAUUCAAGCUCCUCCCACAGCUCAUGUACCUAGAUGGUUACGACCAGGAAGACCGGGAGGCUCCCGACUCCGACGCAGAAGCUGAUGGUGUUGAUGACGAUGAGGAUGAUGAAGAAGGUGAGGAAGAGGAAGAAGAUGAUGAGGAGGAAGAUGGAGAGGAAGAGCUUGAUGAUGAGGAGGACGAAGAUGAAGAAGGGGAAGAUGACGAAGAUGAAGUCAGCGCAGAGGAAGAGGAGGGAUAUGGGCAGGAUGGUGAGAUUGAUGAAGAGGAGGAUGAAGAAGAGGAGGACGAGGAUGAAGAUGAAGAUGAAAGUGCAAAAGGGCAGAAAAGAAAACGAGACACAGACGAUGAAGGUGAAGAAGAUGAUGAUUAAGAAUCCAAGUGACCUGAAAGACUAUUUAGUACUCAAUGGGCUCUACUGCCCUCCCUUUUUGCCCUUCCUGCCCCUCUUGAGCCCUACCCCAGAUUGGCAACUGCUGGAUAUCGUCACAGCACUGAAUAUCACUGAGCCAGCAGUUGUCACUGUCUUGACAUUCCAUGUAUUUAUAAUGCAGUUAAUCCGUAUUCCAUGGAGUAGUAAAACUGGGUAGAAUUUGGUCCAGUGCUUUUAUGAUGUUGGGGUUUCUUAGGUUUCCUGCUAAGACUAUUACCAUAGCAACAAGAACAGAUAAAGUGAUUUGGAUAGUCAUGUUUGUAAAAUGGCUGCCUGUUACAGAGAGGUUAUAGCAUUGAUCUUUAUGUAAGUCAAAAGCUUUGUAAAUAAAAUCUUAAAAUUUUGGAUUUGUUCUACAUUGCAAUACCAUUUUGGGUGUUAUUUACAAAUGCAAGAUGUUUCUAAACUAACAGUUUUUGGAAAGUUAAUAAAUGGUUUCUUUUAAAAAGCC